CUCAAUAUUUUUAUUCGAAUUCAAAUCAUUCAAAAGUAAAAACUUCAACACUCGCAACGAAUCCAAAAAGUCACUCACUGGUCAAUAAAAAAUCUGAAAUCUCGCGACGGCAUUGAUUCAUCACAACAUAGACAACCAUGGUUAUUUUACAAGUAAAGCGUGGCGAUGAAAAUCUCUUUUUGUAUGAAACCAAUGUGAAUGAGAACACCAAUGCUGUUAUUCAGGAUAUAACAGCCAUAUACAAUGGCCGUCUUAAAAUCGAACGUAUUUGCAUGGAGAUAGAGGAGUUGGCUUCUCAUGGAACUAUGUUGCCUCCCGAAAUGAUGGGCCUUACCGAUGAGCAGGUGGAAGAGCUGAAGCUAAAAGAUGUGUGGGCCGAGAAGUGUAUCCCCUCGGGGGGAUUUGUAUUCAACAAGGACCCGAUAGGACGCCGAAAUGGCCAACAACCAAAGCAGAAAAUGCAGGAAGUUCUAAGAAAGGCCAUUGUAGAUGUUAAAGCUAUGAUUGACAAGAAAUUGGUAUUGGCAAAAACCAGUUUGACUCUGAAAAUAGUAGCAGAAGCUUUGAAUCUGCUCAAAGGCGCUGUCACCAUAGUCUAUCCCAUGCAGUUGCCACCUCAUGACACCAUACGCAUGGAGUUCAGCAAUACUGAGGAUCUCACCGGAACCCAGGCAUCCAAAGAAGUUAUAGAACCCUCCAAAGCUCAACUAUGGUUUGCCGGACGUCUAAUUUUGAAUGAUAAGAAACUUUCGAAUUUUAUUGGUCGCCAUGAUAAAACCAAAGUUGUGGUUAAAUUGAAUCGUCAUGGUGAGGGACCCCCAUCUCGGGAACCCGUCAUCACCGAUGAACUACGCAAGCGCAUGAUGGCUGAUGCCUAUCGGCGUCAGGAGGAAUUGAAGAAAUUGGAAUUGGAUGAGGAUGAUCACUAUCUCAACUCGAGCUGGGCAGAUGGCGGAAGCAUGAAGCGUCAGGUGCAUGGCUUGGAGAAUGUUCGCUUUCGAUUGGGCUAAGUGGCACAUUUUUUUAUUGACAAUUAACCAAGAAAUUAGUUUUAAACACACUCAAAAUAAAAUCUCGAAAUAAAAGGCAAAUAAU